AUGUCGCAGGAAAGCUGCGAUCUUCGCGACGAUAACGAGUCGUUGGCCUCCUACCCAAGACUAGCACUCGCUAGGCUCGUGGCAUCGCGGUUCUCUCGCUGCAUGCGAUUGAGACACACCAAAAUGCAACCACGGCGCGGUCUGCAAAGAUGCCAUAGUGACACGCCCAUGCACAGCUGGAGGUCACAAUUCACACCGGCGCCCAUUAUCCUUCGCUCCAUGCCCGAGGUGUUCGUCCUGCCGCAUCUAUGCUUCUCGUGCUCGAAGCUCGCUUUCCGCAGCUGCUGCCCCAUCCACUCCAAGUACCAUCGUGGGAUGGGGUCGCAGAGGCUCGCAGGCAUUCAUCGAGGCUCGCGUGGCGAUGGCGGUGGAGAUGGCAACUCAGCGGCAAUGAGGUUGUCCCCGAAGAGGACGAGCCAGCAGCACUGGGCCGGGCGGACCGCCAGUGGACAACGAGUGGGCUUGGCUGUGUGCUGAACACGGUAUCCCGAGACAGGAAACACGGCGCUGAACAUGUCCUAUCUGCCUUGCUUGUCAAAGCAAGCGUGAGCCUUUGCCUGUGUUCACAGUGACAAUCACCGCAAAAUGGCACAAGAAAUUUGUGGUUAAUCAACCGCUGCCGAGUUUUGGGCUUGUUGUGUUCCAGCUUGCAAAUAGAAGACUGACACUGGAGACUGGCACAACACGAA